GAUAUGCGAGUAAGGACAUUUUUGCUCCUAAAGACGGUGGAUUGUGAGAUUCCACCUCAAUUGGGAAUGGAAACGAAACAAUACUUACAAGGGUAUGAAAACCUCUCCCUAAAAAACCACUAGAACAGUUGAAUCUGUGAAUGCACCAUCAACACGUCAAUUGGGAGAGUAGACCAUGUAAACUAAUAGUGGGCUACAAAUAGUAUCAAACCAGACAUUGUAUGGUAUGUGAGUAAGGACAUUUUUGCUCCCUGGAUUGUUGAGGAUAGGAACGAAACAAUACUUAUAAGGGUAUGAAAACCUCUCCCUACUCGAACAAUUGAAUAUCUGAAUACACCAUAAACACCUCAAUGGGAAAGCAGACCAUUAACUAAUAGUGGGCUCGAUCUAUUACAAAUAGUAUCAAACCAGACAUUAGACGGUAUGCGAGUAAAGACACUGUGCUCCCAAGGACGGUGGAUUGUGAGAUCCCACCUCAAUUGGGAAUAGGAACGAAACAAUACUUAUAAGGUAUAGAAACCACCCGAACAAUUGAAUCCAUGAAUACACCAUAAACAGACAAGGAAGAAAAUUAAAACUUGAAAGCAACAUAGCAUACAUAAGAACAGUACAUUUUCUGGGCAACCUGCGUUUAAAUAAACAACUUUUUAACCUUAAAAAAAUCAAUGUCCUUGUCUCAUUUUCCACGUUUCCAUUUUUUUUAUAAAAAAAAACAAACCACUCACCUUUUCCUUUGUGGAUAUCAUUUUUAUAUAUAAAUCUGUCGUAUCCAAUUCCCUCACACUCUCAUCAUCUUCCCCUUCCCAAAUUCAACACCCCCUUCACGAUGAAGCACAGGAAUCCAACCAAUUUGAAGGCUGUCGGGUUAGGAAUCCUUGUUCAUCGAUCCCCAGAACCAAAUCUAGUGGUUAAACAAUCCAGAAAGCUUGUUUUUUCACUCACUUCAUCUUCUAAUAACCCAUCUUUUCUCAAAUCAUGUGUUCUUUGCAACAAGAAUCUGGACCCCCAUGAUGAUAUUUACAUGUACAGGGGAGAUCAAGGUUACUGUAGUGUGAAGUGUCGGAACCAGCAGAUUGAAAUGGAUGAAAAGAAGGAAUUAGAAGCUUCUACAAGGAAAAUGGUGGAAGCUUACAGGCAAUGUCAGAGAAAUGAAGGAAGUGAAACUCGCCGUCUCUUGGAGGAUCUCCGGCGGCCACAUCACCGGCUUCCAUAUCUCCGGCGACCUGUUGUUUCGUAGUCUCCUCUGUUUUGAAUCUAAUGGAAAUGGCAAAAUUGUAAUUAAAAUGGAUGGAAGUAAUAGAAGCCCUAAAGAGUGUUCUCGUUUAAGUUCUUGUCCAUGGGUUUCUUUGUGUGUGUGUGUGUUGUAAUGAUGUAAGGCUGAAAUGAAACAUGUUUGGGAUAAUGUACUAACGUUAUCUUCAAACUA